AUGGUGGGCAGCUUUGUCAUCUUCCUGUUUUCCUCCUGCGAGUGGCAGAACUCCAGCGGCUCCACUGAUCCUCCACCAGGAGAGAAGCACUCCAUCCCCCUCGGCGGCCACUUCUCCGCUCUCGGCCACGUCGUCCCCAACCGCAUAUUCGUUGGAGGGAUCAACUUCAGGGUGCACGAGAACGAACUGCGACAUUUUUUCUCCCAGUACGGCGCCAUAAAAGACGUGAAGAUCGUGACGCAUCGCACAGGGAUGUCAAAAGGAUAUGGGUUUGUUACAUUUGAAUCUCAAGAAGAUGCUUCGAAACUCCUCAACAGCGCGAAUGGAAUCUGUUUAAAAGACAAGAAGCUCAGCAUCGGCCAGGCUUUCAAAAAGCAUCGCACUUCCGCACAAAUGAGGAGCAGCUUCAUGGCCGGUCCGGAAGCUGCCCGGCCUCACCACUUCUCCCACGGGACGCUGUACCUCACCACGUCCACAGGCUUUCCUUACACCUUCCACAACGGAGUGGCCUACUUCCACAGCCCUGCCGCGCCCCACUGGCCGGCCGGCACGCGCCCACAGCCUGCGCCGGCAGAGAGCAUGAUGGGAUACUGUCUCCAGUCUGCGGAUUCAGUGGCGCUGCAUCAGUCCCAUCAGCCUCAGGCGUCCUACCAGCCGGCUCCAUCGGCCUGUCAGCUUCACCAGCCCGAGCUGCCCCCCGCCACUCUCAUGUAUUCCCAGCAGUCCGAGUAUCUGUACCAGCCGGUCGAUGAGGCUUCGUUCCAGUAUCCUGUCCCUGUCAUGGAGGAAACUCCAGCAGAGAUCCCGGCGGUGCCGCUCUUCUACCCGGGACUGACUCCGUUUGCGCUGCAGCACGACCCCGGCAAGAACCUGUUCGUGCCGUCGCUGAUCCAUCGGAAGGCCAAGUACCGCCGCAUCGUCCACCACAAGAGCCACUUCCUGCGGGAGCCGCCGGAGCUCCCAGACGCCGCCAUGUUUCACUCUAACAUGUGA